GAGCUUUUAAACCCUUCAACACCUGGACUAUCCGAUUGAAGGUCAAAUCAACGGCUCGGAGAAGGACACUAGCAACCACACGUGGCGAGUACGAAAUUUUGAAGUCUUGACUUGUCUUUUGCGUGAAGGCGACGGGCUUCCUUUUCUUUGGCUAAGGUAGGGGAGGGAUUGGUUUGGUUUGCCUGCCCUCUAUCUCUCGAGGCUCGAUGUGGGCGUGCAUCAAUCGGGCGAGUGUCACUAGGGGCGGAAACGGAAAUACUGCAGUGAGCUUCAGCGGUUGCGGGCGUUGGAGUUGGCGCUGUAGGCCCCGGAGCUUGAGGACGAUUAUCGGCGCGGGAGAGCGUCGGCCUUAUGUAUCCGUCUUGGUCUUGACUCAUUCUUGUAGAACUUUCUACCCUCCUCCGCCUGCGCCUACGCCGCCACAGCAACUCCAUCUCCAAUUCAGAUCCCAGCAACUUCAACUUCUCCUCCACAAUCUACAAUCGGAAACCCCCACUACCACCACGACGAUUCCUCCACGGCCGACAAUCACUGCAGCGCCUGCGCGGAAUAUCUUCAGGACUGCGACUAACAAGAGAUUGCCUUUUUUUAUUCUUCGUCGGUCUUAUUCCAGCGCGACCAUGGCCGAGUCGGAGCUGAAGUGGCCCGCUGCGCGCGUGCGCAAGACCUUUCUCGAGUACUUCGAGCAGAGGGGUCACACAAUUGGUAUGCGAUUGCGAUAGCGUGGGCACUUCGUCUCACUGCAUUAAAAUAUACUGAAAUUAUAUCCAAUUUCUCGAGAAGAAUUGCCUUGACAUCACUAUCUACUUGGUUUUUUUCUUCCUCUGACUCACAAAUCACUAACAAGACUUCUUCUGCUUCAGUCCCCUCUUCAUCGGUCGUCCCUCACAAUGACCCCACCCUUCUUUUCACCAAUGCCGGCAUGAACCAGUUCAAGCCUAUCUUCCUCGGCACCAUUGGCAAGACUGAUCCCAUGGCCGGCCUCAAGGCCGCAGUCGACAGCCAAAAGUGUAUUCGUGCUGGUGGCAAGCACAACGAUCUCGACGAUGUCGGCAAGGAUAGCUAUCACCACACAUUCUUCGAGAUGUUGGGCAACUGGUCUUUCGGCGACUACUUCAAGAAGGAGGCUAUUUCAUAUUCUUGGGAGCUUUUGACAAAGGUCUAUGGUCUCGACCCCGAUCGUCUUUACGUCACAUACUUCGAGGGUGAUGAGAAGCUGAAGCUGGAGCCUGAUUUGGAGGCCAAGGAGCUCUGGCUCUCGGUUGGUGUUCCCGAGGAUCACAUCCUUCCUGGAAACAUGAAGGAUAACUUCUGGGAGAUGGGUGACCAAGGCCCCUGUGGUCCUUGCAGUGAGAUCCACUACGACAAGGUCGGCGGAGGCCGCAAUGCUGCCAGCCUCGUCAACAUGGAUGAUCCUAUGGUUGUCGAGGUUUGGAACAACGUUUUCAUGCAGUAUGAUCGGCAAAAGGACGGUAGCCUCAAGUCUCUACCUGCCAAGCAUAUCGACACUGGUAUGGGCUACGAGCGACUGGUUUCUGCCCUUCAGGAUACAGUUUCCAACUACGCCACUGAUUGCUUCACCCCUCUCUUCCAGAAGAUCCAGGAGGUCACCGGCGCUCGACCUUACGCCGACAAGUAUGGCAAGGAUGAUGCCGAUGGCAUUGAUACCGCGUACCGUGUAGUUGCUGAUCACAUCCGAACCCUUUCUUUCUCCAUCGCUGACGGUGCUGUUCCCAACAACGACGGCCGAGGUUAUGUUGUUCGACGUGUACUAAGACGAGGUGUGCGAUAUGCUCGAAAGUAUUUCAACGCCGAUAUCGGCGCUUUCUUCUCCAAGAUCUUGCCUGCGCUUGUUGACCAGAUGGGCGAGCAAUUCCCCGAGCUUGUCAAGAAGCAGCAGGACAUUAAGGAGAUUCUCGAUGAGGAGGAAGUCGCCUUUGCCCGCACUCUGGAUCGUGGUGAGGCUCAGUUCGAGAAGUAUGCUGCCGAGGCUACCAAGGGCGGCUCCAAGAAGCUCGAGGGUGAUGUUGUAUGGCGACUUUAUGACACUUUCGGUUUCCCCGUGGACCUGACUAGAUUGAUGGCCGAAGAGCGAAGUCUCGAGAUUGACGAUGCUGAGGUUGAGGCUGCUCGAAUCAAGGCUCGUGAGGCCAGUAAGGCUGUCAAGGAGUCUGUCCAGACUUUCUCCAAGCUCAAUGUGCACCAAAUCUCUGAGCUGGAGAAGGAUCUUAAGGUUGAGCGAACUAACGACGACGCCAAAUUUGCUCAGGGUGACACCAAGGGUAAGGUCCAACUCAUUUACGACGGCCAAUCCUUCCUUAAGUCGACCAAGGAAGUCCCUGAGAAGACUGCUCUAGGUCUUUUGAUCGAUAAGACCAACUUCUACGCCGAAUCAGGUGGUCAGGUCGCUGACACUGGACGUAUCGUCAUUGAUGAUGUCGCCGAGUUCAAGGUUCUUGAUGUUCAGAACUAUGGUGGCUAUAUUCUACACAACGGUUAUAUCGAGUAUGGUACACUAUCCUCUGGUGACGAGGUUAUCUGCGAGUACGAUGAAUUGCGCCGAUCUCCUAUCCGCAACAACCACAGCGGUACUCACAUUCUGAACCACUCCCUACGGGAGGUUCUUGGUGAUGAUGUCAACCAGAAGGGCUCUUUGGUGGACAACGAGAAGCUCCGUUUCGAUUUCUCCCACAAGACUGGCGUCAAGAUUGAGGAGCUCAAGAAGAUUGAAGACUUGUCAAACUCAUACAUUCGCCGUAAGGACAAGAUCUUUUCCAAGGAUGUUGAUUUGGAGCUCGCUCGCCAGAUUGAGGGCUGCCGUGCUGUCUUUGGUGAGACCUAUCCCGAUCCUGUGCGUGUUGUCUCCAUCGGCAGAGAUAUCGAUGAGAUGCUCGCCGACCCCAAGAAGAAGGAAUGGCGUCAGUACAGUGUUGAAUUCUGUGGCGGUACCCAUGUUGAGCAAACUGGCUUAAUCAAGGACCUCAUCCUUAUUGAGGAGAGUGGUAUCGCAAAGGGUAUUCGCCGCAUCAUUGCCUAUACUGGUGAAGCUGCUCAUCAGGUUCAACGUGAGGCUGAUGAAUUCUCCAAGAAGAUUGAUGCUCUCGACAAGUUACCUUUCGGUCCUGAGAAGGAGGCUCAGAUCAAGGCCGUAUCUGUGGAGCUCAGCCAGCUGACAAUCUCAACUUUGACAAAGGAUGAGUUCAACAAGCGUUUCCAAAAAAUUUCUGCUGCUGUGAUUGCUGAGCAGAAGAAGCGCCAGAAGGCUGAGUCCAAGACUGCGCUUGACAUUGUCCAGAAGUACUUCGAGGCUAACAAGGAUGCCAAGUGGUUCGUUGGCCGCCUGCCCGUUGGUGCCACUGGUAGUAAAGCCCUGCCUGAUGUGGUCAAGCACUAUCAGGGUAAGGAUAAGGAGAAGACCGUUUACCUGUUUGCUGGUAGCAAGGAGGAGGGUGCCGUUGCACAUGGUGUCUACGUCGGAACUCACCUUGCUUCUCAAGGCGUCACUGCUGAGCAAUGGGCUGCCUCCGUGUCGGAGAUUAUUGGUGGCCGAUCGGGCGGCAAGGAGCCUGUACGACAAGGCCAGGGCACUAAGCCUGAGAACAUUGACGAAGGUGUUGAGACUGCGACAAAGUGGCUCAACGAAAAGCUUAAGCUGUAAAGAAUUAAGAAAAAGGACUGUGUUUCUACUCUGCUCAAUGGGAAUUUAUGAUUAAUCAUUCAGCUGGGAGUAAUGUCGGGGAUCUGGUCAGAUAAAAGAAAGGACAUAGAGCGUUCAAAUAGGCAUGGCCAUUUACCAUUGCCAUAAGAAGUAUGAUGAAUUAAAGAACACCAUUGAUAACAUGAUGGUUGAUGAGAGGUUAUAUGCUCUAUCUUUCCCAACCCGGAUGUAUAUUUCCAUGGCCCAGGGGAGGAAAGAAAACUCAUAACCUCGAUCCAAAAUGACAAAAAGACUUAAGUAAAUUU